UCUGUGGUUAGUUUAGUAGACGAUUUCGAGAAGAAGAAAGCAGGCGUAAUUUCCUUAUAAUUUAUUUUACAUAACUUUUUAGUGCUUAAAUAUGGCUAAACGAAAGAACAAACCAUUGAUAGAUUCGGAUUCUAGCAGCGAGUGUUCAGAUUUGGACUCGCAAUUCCUGAAUUUAGCUAAGAAAAAGAAAAAGACAGAUUCCCCACCCCCCAAAUCCAAGAGCAAGUCGUCGGGACGAUCUUCAGACAGUGAGUCCGACUGGGAUGAUGAUGAUGACAAGAAAAAUUCCAAAUCGUCUUCAUCAUCGGGCUCAGACUCCGACUCAGACAGAAGCGACACAUCCAAGAAAGAACCUCCAAAACCAGCUCGUAAAGGUAGCAAGUCAGAUAUCACAGACGUGAAGAAACCGGAAGCGAAGAAACCUGAACCGAAGAAAGAUACGAGGAGAAGUACAGACAGUGCUGGGUCGGGGAAAAAAAAGGAUGUUUAUAGCGAGCCAGAGGAAGGGGAGGUGUCAUCACACUCAUCAGACAAUGAUUCUAUUGAUUCUGAAGAAGAAUUCGAUGAUGGUUACGAUGAGAACCUCAUGGGCGAUGAAGAGGACAGAGCGAGGCUGGCCGCCAUGUCAGAGAAGGAGAGGGAACAGGAGAUCUUCAAGCGUAUCGAGAGGAGAGAUCUCAUGAAAACCAGAUGGGAGAUCGAGCGCAAACUCCGGCUAGCCCGUCGUUCAGCGGCUGAAAGAUCAGCAUCGCCUGGGGAAAUAGCGCGCAGAAGAGAAGCAAGGCAACGACGCCGCGCGCAGAGAGAGAAAGAGAGGGAACGAGAGAAGGAGAGACAGAGGGAGAAGAGGGAAGCAGAGGCGGAAGAACAAAAAGAGAUAGAAAAUGAGAAAGAGAAGACCCCGCCCAGUCCAGGGGAGAUUGUCGACGACUCCAAGGAUAAUGAAACAUCAGAGCGUUCUGCCUCCCCCCUGUUUGGCGCCAAGACCGAGGGCCGCAAGCGCAACGUGGAUGACCGACGACAGAACGCCAUGGCGGCGCUGCGAGCUCAGAGGGACGCCAAAGCGACCAGAGUGGAACACAUCAAGCAGAAACGAAGAUUAGAGGAGGAGAAGAAUAAGGAUAAGGAGGAGGAAGAUGACGCCGAUGCAGAAAUAAUCGGCGGCACGAGCAAACAGAGCGUCAAGUUGAAGGCCUCAGACAUAUACUCCGACGACUCUGGUUCAGACUCUGAAGACAACAAGUCUACAGGUCGACGCAGCUCAACAAGCUCUUCAUCGUCGGGCGGUGAAGAAGAAGAAAAAAAGCGGGAGCGAGAAGAAGUUGAAGUGAAAUACGCAGACUCGCGGGAUCAGAUCAACAAACUUAGACUUAGCAGAUUUAAACUAGAGAGGCUUGUGCACUUGCCGUUCUUCGCGCGUGUGGUCACCGGCUGCUUCGUGCGAAUCGGCAUCGGCAACAAUAACGGCAACCCGGUUUAUAGAGUAGCUGAAAUAAUAGAUGUAUAUGAAACGGCUAAGAUUUAUAACUUGGGCAACACGAGAACAAACAAGGGACUGAAACUACGGCACGGCACGCAAGACAGGGUGUUCAGAUUAGAAUUCGUUAGUAAUCAGGAAUUCACGGACAGCGAGUUCCAGAAAUGGUUCAAGGCCAUAAAAGAUGCCAACAAGAAACCACCCACCAUGGACUUUGUACGGAGCAAGAUUUUGGAGGUUAAAGAGGCGCUCAUGUACGAGUUUAAGGAAGAAGAUAUAGAAAAAAUUGUAGCUGAGAAGGAGAGGUUCCGUUCACACCCCACCAACUACGCCAUGAAGAAAACGCAACUGAUGAAGGAGAGAGACGUGGCACAGUUACGAGGUGACGACGAGCUGGUGAUGGACCUCAACGCCAAGAUCCAAGAGCUGGAGGAGCGCGCCUCGCACCUGGACAAGACCCGCACGUCGUCCAUACAGAGCAUCUCGUACAUCAACAACCGGAACCGGAAGAUGAACGUCGAGUCCGCCGAGAAGGCCAUCAUGGAGGAAGUGAAAGCGAACAAAGGCAAGAAACAGGACGACCCCUUCACGCGGCGGCACACCAAGCCUGUGAUGAACUUCAAAUCACAAAGCAGCAGGAGUCAGGAAUUAAUACAAAGCCAAGAGGAGGCGGCAGCCGUAGCAGAGCAGAUCAGAGAAGAAGAGAAAGCUGCCAAGGAGCGGGAACAACAUAGACUUGCUCACCAAGCGGAAGCUGAGAAGACAAAACCUAAGGAGAAGUCUGGCGACAAUAGUUUGUAUUCCCUACACGACUUCGAUAUCAACAUCGAACUAGACCUACCCAUUGCUAAAUCAACGAACUCGCUACCCAAACAGAUGACGACAAAAGUAAAAGAAACUGGACCGAAGCGGUCACUCAACUUAGAAGAAUACAAGAAAAGACACGGCCUAAUAUGAGUCAACCCGUACAUACUACCCGGCAACUUCAAUAUACAUACAAGAGUGUAGACGACUGUUUUUUUUGCAUAAAAAGGGCCUUGGACUGUUUUUUUACAAACAAUGUGGUAUUAUACUGUUUUUUUUUACAUGCAAUAGGGUAUUCCAUUUUUUGACGUACAAUGGUGUAUUAGACUGUUUUUUUUUUUCAAGGAGCUUAACAGCUUCAUUUGCAAACUAUUAUAAAUGUAGAUAAUGGAAGGCCAGAUUUAGAUAGAAUUCAGUAAGGAGAUAGUUGGAUACCUACAAAAGGAUUUAGGGUAGUUUUUAGCUCGGAAAUCAUCCCCUAAAGGGAUGAAAAGGGGAUGGAAAAAGCGCCACGACCGAAGUACACACGGAUAAAAUCGCGAGCUAUACGGAUAAAACUAGUAAUACAAUAAAGUUUUGUUUGCCAGAAUUAGCGCCAUAACAUACAAUAAACUCACGACCAUAUCCCAAUUGGGGUACAAUCAAAGAGCAAAAGUGCAGUCACUGAGCCCAGCUAAUUAUAAACAGUGGUGAAAUUAUGAACCAUUAGUUGUCAUAAUUAUAAAAAAUACCUACAAAAUUGUACCUGUGUUUUUGGUCCAUUAUAGAAACGACACGUAACCAGGAGGUCUUAAGUGCAACCAGUUAAUUUAUUACUUUGCAAGAAACAGAUUGGACUUUUGCACUUUAUCGUAGUCAUGAGCAAUAUAAUGUACCCACUUUAGGACUCUGUCGCACUAACAUAUUUGACAUUUAGUGAGACUUACAGUUCAAUUUGUCAAAAAAGUUAAUGUGACAUGGUACCAAAGUGUAUACAUAUUAAUGCUCGUGACUCGUGACCGUACAUCCAUCGCUAGAUGAACUAAGUAUCCACGCCUCACCGAACUUUCGGCUCAACAUUAUUACUGCAUUAAAUAAUAACAUUGAAUUAUAGGCUAGAAAAUUAAUAGGCAAUUAAUAGGUAAGCGGUGAAUACUAGUUUCUACAUCACACGAUAUUUUCGUAGUAAAAUCUGAAUACCUUUGAUAUUUUUGUCGUAAUAAAUCCAGGUCUACCGUCAUCGUGAGGUAAGACUGUUGUCAAAUGCGAAAAUAUUAACAAUGAAAACUAAAUUCAAUUAGGAUAUUACUAAAUCUACGUCAGUUGCCAUUAGCAGAUAAUUGUUUGGGCAGGUAAUUCAUCGUUAGGGCGGAUAAUUCAUCGUUUGGGCGGAUAAUUCAUCGUUUGUCCAGGUUAUUUAUUGGAAAGAUUUUUUUUCCUAUCAGUACGAAUAUCUUCUGUGUUGUGUAUUGUUUAUAUUUAUUUUUUGAAGUCUUAAAACAUCUUUUUCAUUGUCUUAGAUGGAAUUAAAAUUAUUCAGACAACC